CCGCAUCGUCACUCGGCUGCCGUUGUCGCUAUCUCCCCCCCUCCCUUCCUUAUAUCUUUGUUUUUGAGAGAAUUCAAAGAUACCGAUUGCAACCAUGCCCGCGAAAGCUGUCUCUACCCGCCUUAACCCGGUCCGUCUGCAGUCCAUCCCUCACCUGCGCGUCCGGCGUCCGAACACCAAUGAGCCGAAUACCUGCGUUGCGGUGAUGUCGUCUAUGCUGAGCUGCUGGGCAUCCCAGGGCUACACCCACGAGGGAUGCGCCGUUCUCGAACAACAAUUGAGAUCUUGCAUGGAUGCUCCUAAACCCAAGUCCCAGAAGCGCAACCCCAUCAACUACCACCUCAUGAGAAUGUUCCCCAAGGUCGUCGGUCCCAAGAAGAAGGACGGUGUGUUGGGUUAAAUUGCCAAACCAUAUAUACACUACAUUAUUUGCGUGUGAUUCAAAACCUUUUUUCGAGCGGUUGCAUACGGGCAUACGAUUCACCUACUACCUACUGUCGUCGAACUUUCGCUCUUGUCUUGUCUGGCCUGAUAUGAUGGAUGAGUAGAGGGUGUGGUGGUAUGGAAGUGAAGAACUUCUUCGCGGAGGGGGAGAGAGAAAAUAUUUUUUAUUAUUUUGGAGUUUUGGGCUUGUAAUAUGCUACUACCUACCACAUCAGUUCUGAUUCUGUGUUGAGGGUAGGUGGGAGGGUUCUUUUUGUAUAUUAUUAUGUGGAUGUUGUAUGUUAUCAAUCAUUUUCGAUUUCUU